AUGUCCCUAACAGUUAUUUUAAGCCGAGUACGGAGCUCAUCUCGGAUCAUCCCAAGGAACCUCAAGGGACCCCCAAGCCUCAGCACACCAGCUGGAAGAUAUCGGAAGCUGGGUUUAUCGACUAAUAUCUACCGUAUCGCGCAUCACACAUCGGGCAGCGGCCAUCCCUUCCAAGUCCGCCAUUUUUCUAUCCGUUCUUCUCUUCGUCCCUCCAUCUUUCGGAUCCUGUCAAAAGCAAGAUCUCUGACAUUCCGUCCGUCAGUACGUACCCAUACUCUACUAGUCAAGAUGGCGCAGACGGGAUCGAGUGAGGAGGAUUACCAGACAUCCAUCCAUGCAUACUGA